GAACUGUUCUUGACUUUUCACUCAACACCCUGAAAAUAUACCGACAACGUCAAAACGAAUACCUGUAACAUAACAGGGACUUUUAAUGAGACUCCUUCCUGUGCAAAGUUAAAAACUACCUGUAGCCAUUAUCUGAAAAUGAGCUGAGGUCAAAUCUUGACCUCCAAGCUCUGUCACAUACAGGUGUGGCAUCGGAGUUGCAACCACAUAGAAAUUGGAUCCAGAAACAACUUCUCGUAGCAUUAUGGGUGAAUGCACACACCAUUCUAUAGUCUAUCCCAUGGCUAUGGCUAUGAGACUGCAUGCGAUGAUCAGUGAAGUUUGUACAUACUGUCUUGGAUCGCCAUUUUGUGAAGAGAAUGUGGAGUACUGACAACAGGGUCCUUUACUGUAUCUUCCUAUGUCGCCUUGUGAGGGGUACUACUUUCAAGUGAGGCCUGCUUUGAGGUUUUACAUUUGUCAGAAUGGCAACUCCUGGCAGACUAAGCAUAGAGUGUACAGGGGAGGAGGAGGAGCUAUCACAUAUUGCCACUAGUCACAGCAUCAGGGCGUCGCCCACCUUGUCGUCUCUCCCUGCAACCCAUACUGGCCUAGAAUCUACCCAGCUGGCAGUUGAUAGUCCCUGGCUAUGUGUUGGCAGCAGCCAUGUUGACCAGGUGGAGAACCCUCAUCCCACAAGUCCACAGGCCCCCGUUGUGAUCAAAGUUGUGCUGAACGGAGAUGAUGUGGAAACAGUGAAUGUGAUGAGAGACGGAGGAGAUGCAUCUGUCAAACUCCAAGUCUGUGGUCAAUCGAGGGGCGAUAAAGGGAAGAGUAAUGGAACCUCAGACCCUGAUGUUUCCAUUUACAAGUCGCUAUCUAAGCUAUCCAUGGCCACAGUCAUCAAACUUAUUAUGCUGCUCCAGAUUAUCAUCUUUGCACCAGUCUGUUCUGUGAUUAUCUUAAUUGCAAAAGGAAAUGUGUUGAACAUACACUGUAACAAUGUGUACAACUAUCACUCACCACCUCUGCCUGCCAAUAAGACAGAACAGCCAGUUCUUGACAGGACCACUGGUCAUGGGGCUAAUAAGACAGAACAGCCAGUUCUUGACAGGACCACUGGUCAUGGGGCCAAUAAGACAAAACAGCCAGUUCUUGACAGGACCACUGGUCAUGGGGCCAAUAAGACAGAACAGCCAGUCAGUAACAGCAAUAGUGGAAAUAGCAACUGUAGAACAGAUAUUGCUGCAGCAGAGGGGUCUUUGCAUCACAGGUCCACUCCUCUGGAGAGCCUUGAGAAAUCAAAGACAGCUCCCAAGAACAUGAUUCAGGCUAAACAAAUUCUGCCAAAACCAAGAUCUGAGGAUGACAAUGAGGACCAUUGUUACUGGAUAUCUUCAAGAACACAUGCAAGAGUAAAGUUUGCCAUGGCGCCACUUGAAUACAGCUGUCCAGAUGAUCAGGAAGAGAUUGAUGUGAAACAGCUGCGGAAGGAGCAAAGAGGGUCAACCAUGACAAAGGACUUCACAGCUCUUGCUAUGCAAGGAGACAGCAGCAGCAGACAGGAGGACAAAUCUGUCACUGGCACUGGCCCGCACAGCCUUACCCAAGGACUUGGCAAGUUGGAACGUCUGAUAGGUCCUCUUCUGCAAGUCGCGACUGUUACGGUAACAUUGUUUAUUGUCACCUUUGCUUAUGCGAAAGCCUUACUGCAGCUGCUCUAUGCAUUGACCCAAAAAUUGAAUUGUAUCCUUGACAAAUGGAAGCAAUAUGUUAGUACUGGAAGGACCAUCAUUUCUUCAGCCUGUUUCCAAUUAAUAUGCUGUGUUGUGGCCAAGUUGUUCCCAACCCGUGUUCCUCCAUAUUUUGCGAUGAUGUUGAUGAUGUUGAUGGAGUGUUCAGGAUCUGCCCAUGGUGAGUGUCAGGACAGUUUUGACAGUGGUGCACCAGCAUCAGAAGGGUUACGUGUCCGCAGUGACCGCGAGAGAACACAGAAACAGAAGGAGGACACUAAACUUGCUGGCUACAUAUUGACCAUCCCAAAUAUACAAAAUGUCAGGUCCGUUGACACAAAGAAUACAUCCCCAGAUGAGAGUUUUGUGCAAGAUCGAUGUGAUGACAUGGACGAAGUUAAGCAAAGUAAUGAUCCGUCUGAUGAAACUGAAAAUGAUCACUCAUCUUUAGCUGAUUCAAAACUGCUCGUAAAUGAGAUGAGAGAAGUCCAAGAUUUUGGAAGAGGGAUGUUUGGAGACUCCUCUACAGAAGCAGGGAUAUUAAACAGGCGUGGAUUUAGAGAUACAGAAGAACCUUCUGCGUGUCAUGACAUGCGCAGUGGAGAAGUCGAGACAAGGAUAACCUCACUACCUGAGGAUGCACAUAUCAUCUAUUCGAGGGAUUUGCCAGGGAAACCCCAAGUCCUUUUAUCUCCAGGAGGAUACAGCUUUGAUGACACAGUGGAGACUGAUGCUGGAGGCAAUGAGAAAGUGGAACAUGUCUCGGACAUUCUCUUCUCACAACCUGGCUCAAGAGAUUUGACACCUCUGCUGCACUCAGUGAAAUAUAAAGAGAGAGACUUUGAGCAUCCUAUCUUGCCUGUUGACUUCCAGCUGGAUGAGCGACUGCACAUGCCACCAAAGAGAAAGUACAUUUGGCCACACUACCAUUGCAUCCAUGGGGAAAUGUAUGACAUGAUGAACUUCGCCCUAGGCAUUGAAUCAGCUCUUGAUGGAACCGGAGUGUUCCUUCAGGCCUCACCACUUCAUGUAGAAAAUGGAAACAUUUCAACCUGGAGGGUGAAAUCCCUGUCCGUCACCCGAACAGCCUACUUUGAUCAUAUGGCAGAAGCUCCCUACAUUGAAGAGAAGGUCGAAAUUGAAACCUUCUUGCAAAUUAGACGGCAAUAUGAAAUCUACAUCAGUCAUCAGGAUGAUGACCCAGACAAACUGAAGAUAUAUGGACUUAAAAAGUCUGUAGAGUUUGAUCAACAUUUUGUGAGGAUCUUCUAUCAGUGCAGAGAAGCUAUUGGCUCCAUCACUGUGUUUGUGACAUUCCAACCCUGGAGUGGGCGACGAUUUAAUCAAAGUCAUCAAAUGCCAAGUGGUCAGACAUUGAAGUCAGUGAUGGCACAUCCAGCCAUCCAUAACUUUGUGUGUCAGCUAAAGCAAGUGUAUACCAGGUUACAAGGUGGCUGCUACGUGAGGCUGACGAUGGAGGGAUGUCACGUCUACCCCUCCCCUUCUUGGAGGGUGAACCACUCAUGCAUCCUGGAGAUCGCCCCAUCAGUCCCCCACAUCUCUCUAUGAUGUCUGGAUGGACUAGAUCAGCUAGCUUAAUUUACUUACGAGGUUUGAUUGAUAAGUUCUGAUCUUCUCACAGAAGGAAUUGCUUAAGUUAUGUAAUUCUUUAAUGUCUUCAGGUCUUUUUUUUUUUUCAAAUAUCAUUUUAAUUUAGUCUUUCUAUGUUUGACUAAGAACUUAUCAAUCAUCCCUUGUAUAAUAAUUUAGUUUGCUUUAUAAGUGGAUGCAGGGUGCAUGUAUGCAUAUUUUCUACAGUUGUACAACUAUUUUAUCGAACCAAUUAAGAAUAUAAAAAAAGCAGGCAGUUAAACAGUUGCUAUAGUUCUCUUCUCUCUCUAAGCUGGGAUAGUGCCUUUUGACUGUAAGGGCAACGUUUUGGUAUAGAUCCCUAUGCCUUAUAUCCUUAUCCUUAUACCAUUGGUCUUGCUUGACAAUGGUAUAAAGCUAAGAAUUGACCUUCACUUUGUGUGAGUUCAUUGGAGUAUGAACCUGCAUAGAGUGAGGUCCAAACUGUA